UAGCGACCACUCCGAGGUCCAAAUCGUGCUCGCUGCUCCCCCGAUCCCCAUCACUCCGUGCCGCCUUACCCUCCUCCGGCGGCCCACCUCACCUCCAUUCCUCCUCCUCCCGUUCCACUUAAAUACCCCAACCACUCAACUCGGAGGAAGAGGAAGAAGAAGAGAAACCAGCUGCCAUGGCAGGCCUAGGCGUUCUCUUGGAAGCCCAGCAGCCUCACCGCUCCCCCGCCCAAAUCAUCUCCAAGACUUCCUUCCUCAGCAGCCACGGGGCCGGCGGCGGCGCGUUCUUGGAACGCUGUUUCCUUUGCAGGAGGAAGCUUCAGCAAGGGAAGGACAUCUACAUGUACAGAGGAGAUCGAGGUUUCUGCAGCGAGGAGUGCCGCCGCCGGCAGAUGUUUAUGGACGAGGAGACCGGCGGGAGGAGGAAUUCCAUCCGGGAUUGAACAGCUCAAGAGCAAAUUUCCUCCCUUUUUUUGUGUGUUUCAUGGGAAAAAAAAAGAGACUCGUUUUUGCUUUUGUUUUUGGUGUAAAAACUUGUUCUUUUAGAUCAAAACUAGUUUUUUAUGAUCAUUUCGUACGGAAAUUUGGUAGGAAAUCUGAGAUCUGCAUUUUUGUGUUGAU